UCAGCUAAAAAUAAGUUUAAUAAAAUUAUUAAACGAAGUUAACAUUAAUAAACAUUAUUUUAUAAAUUAAUUAAAUUAAAAUUAAAACUCGAUAGCAUUUGAAUCGGCUGCUUCGAUGUCAGCCUACUGCACAUAAAUAAUGCAGUGUUCUCGGCGUAUUCUGCGGAUAUAUUUAUGUUCUUGUUUAUAAUCAUAAAUGCCUCUUGAGUUAAUCAUAAAUGCCUCUUAUAAUUAUAAAAUUAUCAAUGUUUUUUAUAUAAUAGUAUUUCUUUAUUUUUAAGUGUUACUUUUUAUUAUUUUUAUGAUAUCUGAAUUGUCAUGUAAUAAUAAAUCCAAACGUAUUAUGGAAGACCAGAUAGAGAGAUCAUUAAAUGACAUUCCUAUUCCAAAGUCAUCUGUUGAAUAUAUAGAUGUUGAAUCAACUGAAAUCUCAAAUAUUGCUAAUCAGUCUGAUGAAGUUUCAUGGUUGUCAUGUGCUGGCCAAUUUGAAAACAUAAUCUCGAAUUUAGUUGAAUGCAAAGUAAUAUUGAAAAAAAUGAAAACAGAUCCUAGUCCUAAUCCAAUAGUUUUUCUUUUAGAAAGUUGGCAAAUUAUUAAUAACAUUUAUUCAAAGUGUGAACUAUUUUUAAAAACAUCUGGUGUUAUUUCAAAUAACAUUUCUGAGCAUUCUAAAGAGAUACCAGAUCACAAAUCUGGUAUUCUAUUGAACAUGAUCCAGGUAAAAGUGGUGUAAUUAAGAAACUUUCAACAAAGACAGCAUCUUUUAAAAGAUGCUGUCUUUGAUCUCUUAUUAUAUAUAUCUGUUAUCUUAUUAGUUUUGACUAAUACGGACCUAAUCCUAAUUAGCAUUAGGUCCGUAUUAGCCAAAACUAAUAAAGUAUCCAAUUAAUAGUAAAAUAGAUAAAUCAAAACAACAAUGUUUUAAUCCUUCCUGGUAUAAUGAGUAUCCAAAAUUGGAGUAUAGUUUAACUACAGAUUCUGUGUAUUGCUUCAUUUGUUCUUUAUUUCCUAAAGGAGCAGGAAGAAAGUUUUCUAGUAAUGCUUCGGUGUGUGAUGGUGUUAAAACAUGGCACAAAAUGAAAAGUCGGGAUAAGUCAAAAUUGGGUAAAUUGGAGCAACACUUCACAUCUUUUUCCAACAAAGCUUCUUUAACAGAUUACUCCAGUUUUAUGAAGAAUUCUAUUUACAUUGAUGUAAUCUUAAGUAGAUUUAAAAGACAAAAUUUGAUCAAACUGGAGCAUGAAAAAGAGUUUAAUAGAUAAAUUGUCAUAAUUUUUUUUUAUGUUGUACGAACACUAUCACGACAAGGUUUAGCUUUUCGUGGAAACAACGAUGAAUCAAAUGGUAAUUUUAAUCAAAUUAUUCAAUUAAUUUCAAGACACAAUCCAUUAAUGAAGCAGUGGGUCAACGAUAUUAAAAUGCGUUCUAAUAAGGUUUCUUAUCUCGGUCCUCGCUCUCAAAAUGAAAUGAUUGAAAUAUUAGGUAGUGAAGUUAAAAAAUUUAUUGUAAAAGAAAGUGAAGAGGCUAGUUUAUUUUCGCUAAUGGCUGUUACAACCCCAAAUGUAUCUCAUAAAGAUCAGUUAGCGGUUUGUGUGCGCUACGUCAACAAUGAAGGGAAAGCUGUUGAAAGACGAUUUGAAUUAAAAGAAGGAGUAGAUAAAACUGGACUUGGUACCGCAAAACACAUUUUUAAAGUAUUAGGCAAGAAUGUUAUAAACACAGGAAAUUUAGCGUUUUAGUCGUAUGACUUAUCUAGCAAUAUGUCUGGGGAAGUUAAUGGUGCCCAAACCCAACUCAUUCAAUUAGUAGGGCAUAAAAGUCCCCAAACACAACUCAUUCAAUUAGUAGGGCAUGUCAUUCCAUUAGUAGGGAAUGUCAUUCGUUUAUUCGUCAAUUAGUAGGGCAUGUCAUUCCACCCAACUCAUUUAAUUAGUAGGGCAACUCAUUCAAUUAGUAGGGCAUUCAACAAGAGCAUAAAAGGUGCCCAAACCCAACUCAUUCAAUUAGUAGGGCAUAAAAUUUUAUACAUUACUUGCCAAGCCCAUAGAAUAAAUACAUUUCUUAAACAUGGUUGCAAUGCUAGCAUAGUUGUAUCGAGUAUGAUUGAUAAUUUAGAGAGUUUAUAUGUAUUUUUUUCAUCUAGUACUAAACGUUAUGGAAUGUUGAAUAAUAAAAUGAAUAGUAUAGAAAGUAAAUUACAUUUAAAAACUUAUCAAAAACAAGAUAGACUGCAAGAGCUGGAUCGUUCAAAGCAGUUUGGAACUCUUUUGAUUUUUUGUACAGUAGCUUAAGUAAUAUAUGUUCAAAUCUUUUGUUCGAACACCAGAACAAAAACACUUGGUUUAAAUGAAAAACUCUACUCUUUUGAUUUUAUUGUAUCUUUAAUGUUUAUAAAAAAUAUAAUGUAUAAACGAAAAGCCUUAACUGAAACACUGGAAAAAAGUUUAUGUAUC